UUAGUAGUGUUCAACCUGUCAACUAAGCAAAUGGCGUCAGACGAUGACAAGAACGAUUUUCCUUUGUUUCACGAGUUCUCUCAUCAUCUCACGAAUACAACAGACAUUGUAGAAAAUAUUUUAGUUUAUCUUAAUGCGAGAGAACUAAACAGAUCUGCGAGGGUAUGCAGCUUUUGGGCAAAGAUUGUUAAAAGGUUAAAAAGAAGGAGGAAAACAAGAUCGUGGACUUGUCUGCACAAUAUUAGUGACGAGGAUGAUAUGACAAGUGAUGCAGUAGUACAAACUCAAAACUUUAUUCAGGGGCUAUACACAGAGCCUGAUGCUGUGUUUGUGAUAAGUACAGCAGACCUUCUGCACAUGAAAACUGGACUAGCAGGGCAGACAAGAAGUGGUCGUUUAACUCAUGGUGUAACACAGACUUACCAAGAGUUUGUGUGCUCAUUAUUACCACAGUCUUGCAAGUUAUGUGGGAUAGAAUCAAAUGGUAUUAUAGGGACAACAUCAGAUUGUAGAGAGAGUAUAGAAGUUGAAGAUAAUGAAGGUGAUAUUAAAGGGGUUUCAUUUCUUUGUCUACCAAAGCAUGAUGAUGUGGACAUUGAAGUUUGCAGUAUGACUGAUGACCGUUGUUGUGAAACACCUGGUUAUGUUAACAGAUAUAAGGAGUAUGUUAACAGGUAUAAAGGGCAUGAGUCUCAUAUGUGUAAAUUGAUACUGAUGAUGGUAGCCGAGUUUCAGACACCAAGAAAAUAUGGUUUCCAGCUGAGGGAUGCUGCACCUAUGCGCUGGUAGCAGGUGCUUUUGUAGAUGCAAUUUUCAAUCAUGAUCCUGAAUCAAGCAUUUUGUCACAACUGAUUUCAAUACAUGGUGAAAGAGUACAAGUAGCAUCAGUGAUUGUUAAUGAAACAAUAAACUUACCUGGUGAUGCUGAAGAAUGUAUUAAAAGACUCAAAUCACAUAAUCUGCCCGAGGAUAACAGUUUUGCCUUCAUGUUAGCAUGUGUUGGUAGAGGGGAAGGUUUAUAUGAACAAUCUAAUAUUGAGUCAGCACUGUUUAGAAAAUAUUUCCCUAAAACUCCUUUGAUAGGUUUGUUUGGAAAUGGAGAAAUUGGAUAUGAUCAUGUAAAUAAGGGAUCACCUUCCCAAGAAGUGGAACCAGACUGCAAGAAGAAGAAAUCUGACGUUAAACUAUAUCAUUCUUUCACAACUGUGUUUGUUCUGGUGUCAAUAACUUGAUUUGUAAUAUAAGGGCACUUUAUUCUAAUCUUAUUAGCUUUAAUUUUUAGCUUGACUAUAUUAACUAUAUGGAGAGCUGUCCUACUCACCCUGGUGUUGGCAUUCAGAUUAAAGUUAUUGUGCAGUAAAAUACUUUUUCACUAUUACUUCAUUAUUUCUUAAAGUAAUCAGUUGCAAACUUCAAAUAUAUGUUCUUCAUCUUUAACCAUAUCUUAUGUGAUAAGGUUUAUAAUUCUGGAACUGGAAGCAAUAUUUUCAAAAUUAUCUCCCCUUAAACUUAGAUUUUUUAAACUUUUCCAGUGCACAGUUAAAGAUGUAAAAUUGAACUUUGAUAUCAGGUAACCCAGAUUUUGAUGAAUUGAUCUACUUUCUUGUGCUUUGAAAUUUGGACCAUGUACACAGUUUUAGAUGCAAAAUUGAGCUUUGAUAUCAGCUGACCUAGAUAAUUUGAUGAAGUGACCUUCUUUCUUGUCCUAUGAUGUACAGCUAUGAAAUUUGAACCAGAUGUAAAAUUGAUCAUUGAACAUUAUACUUGGACAAAACACUAAAUGUGACCUGACCUACUUAUUGUAAUAA